AUGCUUGCGGUAGACGCUGCUCCUGGAGAAGCGGUGCCGAAGCAGGACGUCGUCGCAGAAGCGCCGCUGGAGACAACCAUCAAGGUGGAAGAUAGAGGCAAAGACAACGGGAAGGCUCUUCAUAGCCAGAGAACUACCACCAGCCACCGACAUGCGACAAAGCUUGAGAAGCAUGUCCUGACGGACAUGUCGGAGAUGGAGGACGCCUCGCGAUACCGAGAGUGGGUGAAGGGUCCCCUGGAUGUUUGCAUCGCCGUCGUGGUCAUGUUGAACUUUGUUUGGAUGGCCGCAUGGACCCAAGAA